AUGAGAGCCCACACUGCUGCUCUGCUGGUCUCUCUGCUGGUGAUCUGUCACUCUGUUUAUGCAGCUAUCCUAGAAACCAACGGCUCCUAUAAGAGCUGCAGAUGCACAAAGCAGACUUCAGAUUUCAUAUCGCCAAGGAGAUAUGAAAGUAUUGAGAUCGUUCCCUUUGGGGGUGCCUGCCGAACCACAGAAAUUAUACUCAAACUAAAAACAGGGCAGAAAUUGUGUGUGAAUCCCAAGGCCCCCUGGAUGCAGAAAUUGCUGACUAAGAUCCGUAACCAAAAGGAACAACCACCUUCCUCACAAGAUGAAUAGAAGCGUAAACAACUUGAGAAGGAAAAAGGAUGGAGGGCACAACCUGAUUGUUUCCUAAUUUUGCUUUUGCUGCUUCUUAUCUUUGUCUUGCUCAGCCCUCACAAUCAUUCUUUCU